GCCGUCACCGCUCCCCCGGCUCUGGCGGGGAUGCGCGGCCGCCGCCUCCCAGCUCCCGGCGCGGUUAUCGUCCCCGCUGCUCCGCUCGUCCGCACCACCGCUCUCCUGCCCGCACCGCGGUGACGUGCGCUGGCUGCUGGGGAGGGACCGGCCCGCCUUCGCUCCCCGCCAUCGAACUUCGCUCCUCCGCACCGGCGCUGCUCGCACAUGGCACCCCACGGCUGAACCCACCGCUCGCCCACACCGGCCAUGUGCCCUCGGUGCCCCGGUGGCGAUGAAGCAGCGAUGAUGGCCGCCGGCGGGACCCUCCGUCCCCGCAGAACCGACCCGGGGCAGCCGGGGGAACGGCCGCCUCUGCGGCUGGUGCUCACCGUCGCGGCGUGGCUGGGCACCGGCACCGCGCUGGCCGGCCUCAACAAAUGGAUUUUCGCCGCCCACGGAUUCCGCUACCCGCUGCUGCUCUCCUCCCUGCACAUGCUGGCGGCCGUGGCGCUGGGCUACCCGCUGGGCUGGGUGCGAGGACCGCCGCCGCCCGUCCGGCCCCGCGCACGGAUCUACCUGCUGAGUCUCACCUUCUGCGGCAGCGUGGCUCUGGGCAACCUGGGGCUGAGCCUGGUGCCGCUGGACGCAGCUCAGGCCGUGCAUGCCACCGCCCCGCUGGCCACCCUGCUGCUGUCGGCGCUGCUGCGGGGCCGCCGGCACCACCCGCUGCAAUACGCGGCCAUGGGGCCCGUCUGCGCCGGGGCCGCGUGCAGCAUCGCCGGAGGUGUCCGCUUCCACCAGCCCGGGGGCUGCGUCCUCCUGGCUGCCACCGUCCUGCGUGCCCUCAAGUCCCUGCAGCAGAGCCUGCUGCUGCAGGAGGGCCGCCUGGACGCCGUGUCCCUGCUGUGCCUCACCGCCCUGCCCAGCUUCUGCCUGCUCUUCGGGACAGCCGUGGCGCUGGAGGUGGCCCCGGCGUGGCAGGGCGUGCUGCGCUACGACGGCUCGCUCUGGGGCUGCGUGCUGCUCAGCUGCCUGGGCUCCGUCCUCUACAACCUGGCCAGCUUCUGCGUCCUGUCCCUCACCUCCGCCCUCACCAUCCACCUCCUGGGCAACAUCACGGUGGUGGGCAACCUGCUGCUCUCCCGCCUGCUCUUCGGCAGCCGCCUGAGUGCGCUCAGCUACCUGGGCAUCGCGCUGACGCUGGCCGGGAUGUUCAUGUAUCAGCAGCCACAGCUCAUCGCGCGGCGCUGGGCGGUGUGGCUGCGGCACCGAUCCCCCCGGCACCAGUAGGGGUUGGGACUCGAGUGUGGCACGUGAGUGUGCGCAGCUCUGCGUGAGCAGGUGUGCAAGGCUCUGUUUGCACAUAGGCGUGCUGGUGUGCUUGGCACCGAGAGCACAGAACUGUGCUGGUGUGCAUGGCACUGUGUGCACACUUGUGCUGGAGUGCAUCUGUGUGCUUGGCACUGUGUGCACAAAACUGUGCUGAUUUGCACAGCUGUGGGCACUGGUGUGCAUGGCACUGCGUGCAAACGUACGUGCUGGGGUGCACAGCACUGUGUGUGUGCUGUGCACGUGUGCGGGUGUGCAAGGCAGUGUGUCCAUGUGUGAGUGCUGGUGUGUGUGGCCAUGUGCAUGUGGGUGCUGGUGUGUGUGGCUCUGUUUGCACACAUGUAUGGUGGUGUGCAUGGCACUGUGCCCACAUGUGUGUGUGCUGGUGUGUGUGGCAACGUGCACGUGUGUGCUGGUGUGCACAGCCUCUCUAUGUGUGCUGGUGUGCGUGGCACCAUAUGCCCACAAGUAUGCUGGUGUGCACAGCUCUGUGUCCUCAUGCAGGUGCUCGUGUGCAUAGCAAUGUAUGCACGUGCAUGUUUGGUGUGGACACUGUGCAUGCACACACGUUGGUUCACAUGGCCACGUGCACAUGCGUGUUCUGGACAUGCAAGUGUUUGUGUGCAUGGCUCUGUGCAUGGGGCACAUGUGUGCUGGUGUGCACAGGCUCUGCAGGUGUGAGUGUGUCUCUGCACGUGGCAGCGUGUGCAAAGAGUGGGUGAGUGCUGGUGUGUGAAGGUUCCGCGUGUGCAAGUAGGUCUCAUACAUGUGGGCACAUGUGCUGCUGGGCAGUCUAUGUAUGUGGAGUGUGUGUGCAGAGCAUUUUGUGCAGGUGUGUGCUGGUGUGCACAGACUGUGUGUGCGAGUGAUGCUCCGUGCACAGUUUCGUGCAUGAGAGCAUGAGCCUGUCAGUGUGCACAAGUGUGUGUACAGAUCCUUACAGGUGUGAGUGCAUGCACACGCUGCUGCACACAGGCUCUGUGCGUGCACAAAUUCUGUGUGUGCAAGCACAUCUUUGUGUGUGCACGUGUGCACAUCACUACUGAGCUCUGCUGGAUGGAGUGAGCCUGGUGCAUGUGUGGGAGGUGCAUGCACAGCUCGUGCCCCCAUGCGACAGAGGGCGUUGGACCCUUUGGGUGCUGUGUGCCACUACAAUGCUGGUGCCCCCAGCUGGUGUCCCCAGUGGUGUCACCCUCCUGCUGCCGGUGACGGCAUGGUGGGCACAUUGGACACGGAUGCACACCCAUGUGUACUCCCCGGCAGGCGCAGUGGCACUGGGACAGCUCUGAAAUAAAGCUCUAUUUUUGUCAUACUCCA